AUGGAGUCUUCUGGUCAAGUUAAAAAUUCAGAUGGAACGCCUAACUCUUAUGUCAUAAGACCUCAGUUUGACCAAAAAUACCGACCAUGGACUGUAAAAGGUAUUCUUUCCCAAAUAUUACGAGAACGACUAGAAAAUGAAGUGUAUUCUCCUGAUAAUACUCAUGAAAAGUGUAUCGCCCUAGCAGAUGAAAUUAAACAAACAUUAAAGAAGAGCUUAUCUCUGAAACGUUACAGAUAUUUGGUACAGGUCGUUAUCGGAGAGCAAAAAGGCCAAGGUGUUAAGAUGGCUCAUAGAUGUUAUUGGGAUGCUGAUACUGACAAUUUUGCGGAAGCUUCGUUUGUAAAUGAUUCAUUAUUCUGUGUAGCGUCUGCAUUCGGUGUGUACAGCUAUUAA